UCAUUACCCGCAGACACGCCGCGCUCAAAACAAGCCAGCAGCUCUACGCGCUCAGCUCUCUUCCUUGUCAGCUGGCCUUAGUGGGAGGAGGACGUGUGGAUUGAGUCACUCGUGGAAGCUCUGUUUAAAAAAAACAAAAAAACGCACACGUUUACGUGCGGAACGUGCUGCUAGUCUACCGUUCUCUUCAUCUAGCCCCCCUUGUGAGAGGAGACGUAAACCAGGACGACGCAUCCUUCAAUUCCACGCGUUUCUGCAUCCUUUUUUUUUUACUAUAGAGACUAACAUCCCUGAGCCCAGAUUUUUGCAAAUUAUUUUAUUAGUUGUAGUAGUCACAGUUAGUAGCACCGCCACAGGCGGACGUACGUGAUGAAGUCCCCCCAAGCCGCGGCAUUGGGCGACGUCAAUUUCAAUUGAGGAUUUUUACAGUUUAUUUAUUUACCUCCGCGUUCUACUUGAACUUGCAGACUACAAGAGAAACUGAAAAAGAAGACAACAGCGACGUUUUGCAACGUGCCUAUUUGGCAUGCAAACUCCAUUUGACAUUUGAACCCGCAAAACCUUUUAUACGGGUCGUCGGUGAGCCGCAGCCAAACCCUGCUUGACUUUGGCUGAGAGAUCCAGACCACCCUGGACGGGUCCAAAGUCAUUUAACAUCCAUGAGCUCGGAUUUUUCACACUACACUUUCAGGAUGCCAAAUAUCGGGUUCCAGAACCUGCCCCUUAAUAUCUACAUUGUUGUGUUUGGGACAGCCAUCUUUGUCUUCAUCCUCAGCCUCCUCUUCUGCUGCUACCUCAUAAGGUUACGGCACCAGGCGCACAAAGAGCUCUAUGCAUACAAACAAGUCAUUCAGAAGGAAAAGGUGAAAGAGUUAAAUUUGCAUGAGAUAUGCGCGGUGUGCUUGGAGGAGUUCAAGCAAAAAGACGAGCUGGGGAUAUGUCCGUGCAAACACGCGUUUCAUCGGAAGUGCCUCAUCAAGUGGCUGGAGGUGAGGAAAGUGUGCCCGCUGUGCAACAUGCCCGUCUUACAGCUUGCCCAGCAGGCCGGCACUACGGAACCGCCAGUGCCGAGCCAACAGCCUCUGCCCGGUGUUGAAAACCUGGUCUAGUAGACCUGAAACCGACAUAAUGGUGACACUAUUUGUACACACACAAAUAUAACAGUCGGCUGUAUAGGUCCAAUUUGUUGUGACUCUGUGGACCAGUCUGGUGAAAAAAGACACUUGGACUAGCUUCACGUUGACUCCUAAAAAAAUAUUUUUCACUUAUCGCUUGGAUUGCUCAGCAACUGGAUUAACCUUUUCUCUUUCUUCAUGGACACGGAAAGAACAUUGAUGCGGUUCAUAACCAAAGCACUUUUAUUUUUAUUUUUUUUCUGUGGACACCAGCUGAAGAGCAGGACGACAACAAACACAGCAGCCGAGAUCUACAAUAUAUAAUCUCUUUUUUUUGUAUUUUAUUUGAUUAUUAUUUAAUUUAACAAGCACUUUACAAGAAGUCAAAACUUAAUUGCUUGCCAUUGUGGCAGCAUAUGUUUUAUAGCUAACUUUUGACCAUUACUUCCACGUUUUGCGUAAAGCCUCACAGGUUUUCAUUUUUUUAAUUGGUCAACUUUGACUCGCAUCAUUAUUCUCAAAGGGACAAAAUAAGACUUUUGCUAAAUGUUCGGAAAUGUUUGCACGUUUUCAUUGCUCUUUUGAUGGUUUUGUAUUCUGUCCAGUCUAGAAGUGUGUUCCACUAAAUAACCAAAAUUACCAUAUUCCCCCCCUCUUAUAGUGGCUGUGCGGCAAAGGUGAGAGCACUAAUUUACUAAACUCCAGAGAGUACGAUUAGCGGUAAGACUUACAAGACUAAGCAUGUGGCUUUUAUUUUGUCAUUCAUCGAUUAAUGUGUGGUGUUAAUCAGAGGCAAGGUCAUUAUCCGAGGAAAGAUGGUACAUUUGGAUUUUGUCGUGCAAUGUCUAAACGUGAGACAUUGUGAAGAAAAAUCGACAAAAUUCCUUCGAUGCCAAAAACCCGACUUCACAUGAUGUGAAUAUUUUUCAAGCAGUAUUAGCAUGAAUGGAGCUAAUUGUCGUUUGUUCACCUAAAUAUGUUUCAUUGUAUUUAAUUUUUCGGGAGUUACCCUCUGCCCGAGUCAGCGCUCACUGGAUGUAAUGAAGCAGCAUUUCCAUUCACUCACUCACACACACACACACACACACACACACACACACACACACACACACACAGGAUGCAUGCUUCUCGAGCUUUCGCUUCUCGCUCCCUUUCUAUACAGUUUCAUUUUGUUUUGUUUGGACCACUGAGCCCUGCUUUUUUGUGUAGGUUUUUUUUUGUGUAGGUUUUUUUUUGUGUCCCUGGUUGUGAGCCGCUCUCACUAAAAGGGCUGAUCAUAAAAAAAGAUAUAUAAAGGCACCAUCAGUAACAUCCCAAAAAUUGAAACGCAAUUAAAAGUUACAUGGAUGCAACUUUAAGUCAAAUGUCUAAGAAAAUUGGGAACAAGUACUUCUCUACAUUAUCCUUUCUGGGAACAAAAACUAUAUCCAUUGCUUCCUUCACUGUUGCUUUAAUCACAGUUUUCCCAUAUGAACAUGAUUCAAAGAGCCAAGCUCUUGUGUGCUUUUGUUUUAUUCUGACUCUUGGUCAACAACUUUGGUCACGGACCUACACUUUGAAAUCCUGAUUUGAGAGAACAAAACGGCAAAAUUGAACAAACAAAUUAACAGUGUUUACUCUGUAUUUUUCCAUCACCACUUUAACGUUUGCAUUGCUAGUGUAUUGAUACCACACGAUCAUUUUUAAACGGGGUGCACCAACCCCCACUCACCCACUACUCGCAUACUAACUAGAGUAUCAUUUCCUUCCAUCAAUAAGUCUUGCGUCUUAUAAUGUAAACAUCCUGAUUCUAGUCAAAGUACUAAUGCAAUGAAAAGGCAGGAUAUUUUUGCAUUAUUGAACAAAUGUUGUGUAAGAGAGCAAAGGGAAUGUUAUGCUCGGAAUACAAAUUGAGUUUCAUUUGAAUAUUUGUGGAUGCUUUAAGGUCAAGCACACGUUAUUUAUUCCUCUGUAGCUUUGUUGUGCCCCUCCCACACAACCCCCCCCCCCCCCCCCCCCCCACUAAUAAUAAUAAUAUAAAAUAUAGCAACCUUGACUUACACAAAUGUUCUGUUUGUGGACGUUCACAGACAUUGUUUGUAAAACUAAGAAUUCUGCAGCAGAAUAUUUUUGGAGACAAUAAUACCUGUACAGUAUUUGUAAGCUCUAUUUUUGUAUCUUACUAUUUUGAGAGGAAAAUAUUACGAUUUUGUUCUCAUCUUUUUAUUUGUCUAAUUUCAUGGUUAUUUGUUUUAAAAAGAAAGCAACUGCAUGUGACACACUUGAACUGUAAUAAACGUUUCCAAGA